AUGGAUGUAUUGACGGGAUUUCAUAGCGAUCUCAGGAUUGCAGUGCCAAUCGGCGGUCAGGUUUGUGUGCAAUUCGUGAAUGACCUCAGAAUGGACUUCUGGGCCAAUUUGUCGAUCGUAUCCGUUUUUCUACUCUUAUUAACUCUGCUUUAUGCGAGCGAACAGUUCCGCAAAUUAUGGUUUUCGUGGUUUUACACCAUAUUUUGCACUUCAGUUAUCAAACGCGGAGGGAAUGCCAUCAGAGCUAAACUCUUUGAAAAACUAUCACGUUUUGAAUCAUCUGAUUGUUCACAAGAAUUGGAUUCUUAG